AGGUACUAGAGCGCAGCUCGAGGCUGACACUUGAUAUUUGGGAGUUGCAAUAAGGGUGAUCUAGAUGCAAGCACUGCCCUUUGCAGCGGCCACUAACAGCCCUCGGGCUCAGGCCUCAAACCCCCGGUGCCCCAGUGUUUAUAUGCGUGUUCGCAGUGCAAAUCCUCGAGAACAAACCUGCACUUAUCAUUGGGCCCAUCGUUUCGGAGACCGUUAUCACUUCUGUCCUGUUCGGUUGCGCCAUCAUCCAGUCUUAUGGGUACUUUACAAUGUUUGUCGAGGACUGCCUGGGAUUCAAGGGCUUGGUCGUUUUCAUUAUUUCUCUCCUGCUUGCGCAUCUCGUGUGCAUCGUGAGCACGCUCUGGCAAAUGAGUGUUGUCGGGUACUGCAUCCCAGAAGACUUGACCGCGUUCCCUAGCAUCACACUGGUGAUUGGCAUCCUGGGGUCCAUCAUAAAUCUCCUUGUGCAGGCGUUCUAUAUUUACCGCCUCACCCGCCUGUCCGGUUCAUGGUUUCUCCCCUCCAUAUGCAGCUUCCUCGCCACGCUCUCGUGUGCGUUCGGCCUGCUCGCCGUCGUAGAGGCACUGCGGAUGUCAAGCGGAACGAGCGAAGCGAGCACUGCAGCACAGGAUAUGUGGGAGAUUGGCGCGUGUCUCGCACUUGCACCCCUCGCUGACGUGGUGAUCACGGCGAGCUUAGUGUAUUACAUGAAGGGGAAGUUUACAGAGAGUGGUACGAGGAUGUUCAGGAUCCUGAAGAAGUCGGUGGCAUGGGCCAUAGAAACGGGUCUUAUCACAAGUUUGUGCUCCCUUCUGGUGUUGAUUUUCUUCCUUACUAUGGAGCAAAACAAUAUAUGGUCUGGCUCGUACGGUUUUGUCUCGUCCAUUUAUGCAAAUUGUUUCCUAGCCUUGUUAAACGGUCGUUCUCGUUUCCGUCACGACGAUAAAUGCUUGUGCAAAUGCUAUCCCGUAGAAGCGAUCGCAGGCGGU